AUGCUGCCUCGAGGGGACGACUGGAGAGACAUCCGGGCCAACCUUAACACAUGGUUCCUGAACACGGUCAUCCCCAACACGACCGUGGAGGAUAUCUAUGACCGAGCCAAGUCGAAUUCGGUGCAUGUAUUUUCCGAGAUCAUCAUUGUCGACCGAUGGACUGCACACCGAGUCCCAGGGAGUGAAGCGCAGGUGUGGAACAAGAUGACCGCCGAUAUCAUGGCCUCCCCAGCGCCUUUCGACUGGUGGUCGCCUCUCCGACACUCGCUGAUGCAAAGGAUCGGCAUCGAAGGCAAUGCGCGGAGCAGACCCGUCAUCACCUACAUCGAUCGGCAGGCCACGGGGCGGAAGCUCGUCCAAGAAGACCACGACGCCUUUGUCACGGCGCUCGCCAAGUUCGGCGAGAACCACGACGUCGAGAUCAACUCCGUGCAGAUGGAGCACCUCUCCAAGGCGGAGCAAUUCGACAUCGGCACACGGACGGAUAUUAUGGUGGGCGUGCAUGGGAACGGGCUGUCGCACCAGAUGUGGAUGAAGGCGGGUGGGACGGUGCUGGAAUUCUACGAUACAGGCGGUUUUAUGCGGGAUUAUCAACUGCUGGCGGAAGCGAUGCACCACACUCACUACGUUAUCUGGAACGACACUAUCCACGAUAAAUGGCGGGAGAACAAGAAAACAUUGAUGACGAAGAACUUCAACAACGUGCAUUUGCACACGCCAUUCGUGAUCGAGUUGCUAGAUUCUUUGGUCAAACAGAUGAGGGGCUGA